AUGGGUCGUCAGCCUCGUCAGCGUCCUGUGUCUUGUAACUUCUGCCGUGUGCGCAAGUUGCGCUGCAGUAGAGAAUUUCCGUGUUCCAAUUGCACAAGCCGCGGAGUUCAAUGCCAGGCUCAAGACCCACCCCGGGCAACGGGCCCGUCUUCACGGCCGGUUUCCAAACGUGCAGGCGGAGGUGUAAGCGGAGGCGGAGGCGGAGGCGGAGGCGGAGGCGGAGGCGGAACAUCUUCUGAGGGCAAGGAGGCGGACAUUCUCUCGCGAUUGGAGAGGCUGGAAGCUCUUCUCGCAGAACGAAACAAAGAGACUGACUUUCACUCUAACCCUCGAACAAUAUCAUCAGCCCCUUCGAGUGUUGAAGGCAGUGAUGUUGCUCCCCGGACACAGCUGGAGCCUCUACAACCUUUGCCAAUCAAUGUUCAGAACUUGACGGCUGAUGCUCUUUGGCUCGAGAGUUCAUGCCUUGGCCCAAAGCCAUCGCCUUCAUGCUACAUCUUUCAAAACUCAAGUGUCCCCUCAGGGUUUCUCUCUUUGGAACCAACAAGGUGCAUCUGGUUGCCUCAACGACAUGAAACCAAGGUUUUGGUUCACAAGUACACCUCGGUCAUUACUUUUAUGCAUCAUGUUGUACACACUCCAAGCCUGUAUAAACUCGUCGAUGAGGUCUACGAUGCCGUUGAAAAGGGGGCACAAGCUUCGCUGUGCUCAGUUCUCCUGAUGCUUGCGGUCUGCACCAACGUCACAUACGCAUGGACAGCAGUAGACAACAACAUGACGUCUCUCUUCUGUGAUUAUACAGAGGCAAACACCCAGUCGUUCGGAUGGCUCAAAUCAACCUUUGAUGUAUUCGAUGCAUCGCAGCGGAGGUCGGAGAUAGGUCUCGAGCUGGCUCAGGGUCUCAUCAUCGUGAGUUUCGUCCUGUUGAACUUGGAAGGAGUUUCCUCCCGAGCUCGAAACUGUUUUUUCAAUUCCAUCACCAUUUGCCGUGAGCUCGGACUGCACCGACUGGAUCACCCUCACAACCCUCCCUCGGUGCAGAUACCCCAGCUCAGUCCUCUCAAAAUGGAGACUGCUCGGCGAGUUUGGUGGUACCUCAUUGGUACAGAUGCCAUGAUAUCUCGAUUUCCAGGCCCACAUGAAGGCACCUACCUGAUCAAUCCAAGGCAAAUGAAUGUCAGAAAACCUCUGAAUGCCGACGAUGAAGAUCUUGUAGAAGGACAAGAGUUGGUGGGAAAGCCAAUAAAUUGUGCCACCAACAUGUCUUAUUUCUUACAGAGGGUACGGCUCGCUGAGGUCGUCCGCAACUUCACUGACCGAGUACCUCUCACAAAUUCCUCAAACCCAGAUGUCCACUCAUACGACCUUGUUUUGGAGGUUGAUGCGGCCAUCGAGCAAUUCAUUGAAGAUCUGCCCCCGUUCCUCAAGUUUAAUACGGAUGACCUACAGCAACUCCCUCCUACAGAAACGCAUAAAAGACCAGGACUAAUUAUUCAGCGUCAUGUCAUGAAUGUCUUUGUCCAUGGCCAAAGAUGCAAACUUCAUCUCCCGUAUCUAGCCCGUGGCGCAGUCGAGCCUACGUAUGCUCGCUCCCGGCGCGUGUGUCUUGAUUCAGCACGCAUGGUCAUACAAACAGAACACCAACUCGAGAAGGAAGCUACAACUUUCAACUCGACACGGCUCAGGUUAUGUUUAGUCUUGCAUAGUGUAUUCAUCGCCAGCAUUGUUCUUAUUUUGGACUUCUGCCUAGGCGCCGAUGCCGACGAGAAAGAACAAAGAAGAGAAGACUUAUUGGAAGCCUGGGACAUAUUGGAGGCGGCCAAAGAACUUUCCAGACCCACGGCUCGCAUACAAGAUCUAUUGACACAGGUGAUGAAGAAGCAUAAAGUGACGCUGCCAGUGGGCAAGGAGAGGCAGAGACCGGUGAGAUGUGAAAACCUUCCACCUACACCAAGCUCGUCAACUGCCAUGUUGUCAAAUGACACGACACCAAAUGAUGCCAUAGCAUCUGUCCAAGAGCUGAGCGACAUGGGAUUGAAUAUGGACUUGGAGGGAAUGGAUUGGGAGAAUUUACUUUGGGGUUUAGAGGCUCCUUUAUUCUAA